UACAACCCAUUUGCAUUUGCAGUCACUCGGUUAGCAGCUGUGUCUCACCCAUCCCGUACUCCUCUGCCCAUCUCGUUUCACCGCCCCAACUGAAGCCGGACACGCACUAGGACAAGGCUUUCUGUAUUUAUUUUCAGGGAAAAAAUGAUGACAAUGGCGGAGAAAGUGCCGGAGAUGGUGGUCCAGACACUUGUGGACAAAGCCGUGAAUAGAGCCGUCUCCUUCGUGUUCGGACUCCGCGGGGAGAAGCACUCUCAGGAGGACCUCAUGAAGAGGCUGGUGACCGCGCAUGACGACCUGGAGCUGAAAUUUGAGAGGACGAACAGGCUGCCCAUCACUGAGACGGCAUUGCUCCGUCGAAGGAUGGAGAUCAAACAAGCCUUCCGAGAGUGCCAUGACUUGCUCUCCAACCUGGAGCUGCAGCAAGACGAAGGGGCGCCCUCUCCCCCCAAAAAGGCCAAGUCUCUCUUUGCCUUGGGCACAAACAAGAACCUGCUGAGAUCCUCGGACGUCGCAAAGUUCGAGCGGUCCGUGGAGAAGGCCGACAGGCUCCUGCGCGACUUGAAGGACGGCUUUACACUUGCCCAGUAUAGGUUUUAUCUCAGCCCUCUCGUCACAAAGCUUCUUCAAGGGAGGGCGCUCUGGUAUAAGGAGGAGCAAGGAUCCCAGGGCCGCUGCCUCAUGGUGCACACGUGCCCUUCCGAAGAGCAUGGUAUGCUGGCAAUGCUAGGCUUCAAACACGAAGAUCUCAAGAGGCCAAUGGCAUAUGUUUACUUCACGGUAACACUGCGGCUAACUGAGGGCACGGACAUUAUUGGGAUGACCGCUGAGUGCCUCAAGUCACUUCAAUCACUUGGUCCCCAGUUCACGCCCUUGGUCGAUCUAGCGGUCGGGGAAAUCGCUGAGAUAUCUUCACAAGUCCUAGUUUCACCAUGGCCGUGGCAAUAUACGAAGGUUGAUCUCGCCAAGUUGGGCAGAAUAUCCCGUCAAGACCCAUUUUGCUGCAAAGCGGAUGGGAUCUAUUCUUGUGAGAACAAGGUCGUUCCAUCGGAAUUAACACGUAGAUUUCCAGAAUCAGUCAUCGCCAUGGGUUUUAACUGCCAUAUUUCAGCUCCUCGGAGCAGCUCAACUAGAACUAGAGCGCACAGAAACACCCACCCAUAUCUAACGUUGACCAUUAGCUGCACACCCCAUUGCUCGAACGCAGUCCUAAGUGACCGGAGUUUGCAGCAAGCAGAGGAGGCGAUACAAACAGAGGCGAUCGAGUCUUUCGUCCAAAAACCUGAUGAGCCGUAUAAAAUGUAUUGGUUCUCCGCACAUGGUUGUGCAAAAUUUAUAGUAUCAAAGCCUGUCGUUGAAACCAGCACAUCAAACACUCAGAGAGUGUCAGAAGAGAAACCGGCCCACCAAAAACACCUCCCACCUCCCUCGUGUGCUCCCUCCCGGCGCGAGCUGCCCGCAUUCAUGUCGUUGUAG